ACUCACAAUUUACAAGAAAAAAAGAACAAACAUGAAAAUGCAUCGCAUUCUCUCGAUAGUUUUGGCAAUUACACUCGCUUUCUCCGUUGCAGAGGCUUUUCUAGAUGAAAAAACUCAACAAAUGGUCAACGGAAUAUGCAAACAGACAACGGAUACCAAGUUUUGCAGUAGUGUCUUGCUCAAGAACCUGAAUACUCUUCCCGCAAGUAACAAAGAUAUCAUGAACGUGACAGUAAGCGAAGCUGAAAGAUUCGCGGCCAACACUUAUUUCUUCAUCAGCACGCUUCUCAGGAAUGCUGGAGACGAGAGGCCUGAUCUUCAAGCGUGCGCCGAAGCUUACGCUAUUGUGAACUCGGCCUUCACGAAUGCUGUAUCUUUCUUCAAGCAAGCUUACUACAGUAAGAUCGUCAAGAUCGAAAAGAAAGUUUCUACGGCUGUUGAUAUCUGUAAGACAGAUUUCAAUGUGCCUGGUUAUAAGAUCAAUCCGCUUGUUGAGAGAAACAGACAGACUAAGAUCUUAGUAUCGAUGGAAAAGAUUGUUAGUCAUAUGGUUUCUUCAUAAUAUGAUUGUUGUUGAAUCAUAACAUAGUACCAAAUGGUUUUACAUAAAUAUUCUAAAUUAAU